AUGGAUGUGUUCUUGAUGAUUUACCAUCACAAGACAACAACAUUCACUGAGGCCCAAAAGACAACAACUGUGCAUGAGUUGAAAAAUGUGGUGGAGGGAAUACUGAAGAGGCCACCAGAGGAGCAGUGGCUCUACAAAGAUGACCAGCUGCUGGAUGAUGAUCAUAGGAAUUUGCUAGACUGUGGCCUAAGCAGCCAAAGCUGCCAUCCGCACAUUCCUGCCAUGGUGGGCUUGGCUUUAUUCAGACCUGGCAAUAGCACCUUUGAACCAUUGUAUAUUGACCCUUUCUCAAGCACUCCGGAGCUACCUGAUGUUAUGAAGUCACAGGAGUCUGGUAGCAACUCUAGUGAGCAAGCCUUGCGUUAA